CCGCCGGGCGUCACCUGACCAGUGUUUGUUUACAUAAUGGAGCCCUCGGACCAAGUGGGUCUCCUGGACCUUCCUGACGAGCUGCUCCUGAAAAUCGUAUCCUGCAGGGUCAUCACGGUGCAGGAUUUGGGCAGAGGGGCAGCUACUUGCACAAGAUUGAGGAAUGUCAUUGCAACACAGGAUUUAUGGAGAAAGAAAAUCGAGCAGUACUACCCCAAAGUGUGGGACCAGCUGCCAAGCAAUGCGGGAAUCCAAGACUGGAGACAAGAGGUGCAGAUUAUGAAGCAGCUGGAGGUAGACGUGCACAAGUUGGUGUCGAGCCUUAGCCUGCGUCUCUACCAACACCUGCACCUCACCACUCCAGUCUAUGCAGAGAUCGAUGCCUUGGUCUCAUCAGGCACUUACACCCCAAUUUAUAUAAUAAACAUUUUGAGACAGAUUGUUGACGAUGGAGAACAGCAUCCAACGAAGCCUGUUGAGCCAGAGGUUAGACAGCAGCCAGUGCCAGCUGUGCAACCAAGGCCAAACUGGCAGAGAGUAUUACCUGCAAAUGAUAAAAGUUCCCACUCCAGAAGGCCAGUAUAUGACAACAUGACAAACAAAUACUAUGCUCUAAGAGUCAUGAGUCAUGUGCAUCAAGGAGCCUGCAGGCGCGAGUGGGAGGAGUUUGUUGCCCGUCCGUCAGCUGAGCAAAGCCUUGAAGUUGGUGCAAUCCUGAUGGCUCGCUGGUUCCAACCUCACGCUGACAUUAGCAUAAAACAGAUGACCAAUGUGAUUGAUGAUAUAGCUGAUCAGUGUCGCGAACAGCUUCGAAUUAACCACCCUGAUCAUCCAGCCCUCUCUGUGCCCUUAACACCUCACAGAGAAGUCUUAACGGAAUCACGCUGGUCUCAUGAGAAGACAAUGCAGCUGUUUAAGUGUAUUAAUCACAUCCUUUAUUAUCAAAUGAAAAUGACUGGUAACAGUGAAGAUUACUAUAAUCUCAAGAAUUCAUUGAUAAAUGAAGUUCUCACUUCCAAGAAAGGUAUACCAAUCUCACUAAGCAUUAUAUAUAUGGCUGUAUGCCACCGCCUCGGCAUAUUGCUUGAACCUGUAAACUACCCAUCACACUUUGUGAUGAAAUGGAAGAUUCCCAGUGUAGAUGAUUAUGAAUACAUAGAUGCAUUCAACAAAGGAAGACGGCUAACAGGACGAGAAUUGUUAAAGGAACUCCCUCUUGGAUCUGUCUGCGACCAAGUACUUCUUAUAACCUCUGAUGCAAUGUCAGUCUUCAACGUAUGA